AUGGCUACCGCUACACAUCCUACGCCUAGUGUCGACAUCACCCCCGCUGAUGACAUGGAUCUGCACUCUGACAAUGGCGCCUUCGAAUACAACGACGGUGACAUCGAUCUAGAUCUAGAGCCUCCCCCCUCUUACGGUCCCGACGAUGACGUCUCUAUCAACGAUGCGGCCUCAGUGAGCGGAAUGGAUGCCCAGGCUGGAGCCGGCGGCGACAACGAUGAUUACAUGGUUGACCAAGAGGACGUCAUUGAGGAAGAUUAUGGUUACCGAGAUGAUGACGGCGACACAAUCGCCGAACAGUCUGUUGCAGCGGAUAAUAUGGCGACCCAGACGCAAGAGGAAAUCCAAGAUGAAGAUUUACUUGACUAUUCCGACCAGGAAGAUGGCAACGAGGACACAGUCCUUGGUUCUCCUUGGCAGCAACAUCAUGAUUCUAUGGAAGACGAGCCUGAUCAGACUGAGGAGAUGCCUGGUCAGAAUGAGGAUGUACCUGUUCAGGAAGACAUACCUACACAAGAAGACAUGCCUACUCAGGAAGACGUACCUGCGCAGGAAGACGUGUCUGCGCAGGAAGAUGCAUCUACUCAGCAAGACGAGAUACCUGCUGAUUUACAAGCUCUAAUGACCAUGGCCGCGAACAGAAAAUCACAGAGUCCACUUGCCCACCCUGAAAACGUUCCCGAGGCCAGUCCGUCAGCCAACAAUCAUGAGUCUCCAACGCAGCCCCAGUCGGCAGACCCCAGCAGGGAAAACGUCCAGACUGAUGGUGAGGGCGGUGUUAUGCUCCAAAGCCAAGAAGAAUAUGCAAGUGCCGAGACCAGUCACAGCGACGUGGCGCAUCCGAGUCAAGAUCACCAUGAACAUGUUCAAGACAGUGAAAACCAGGGAGAUGAUUCAUUUGAGCUACGGCCUGUUACUGUGAACUGGAUGGGCGAAGAACUAUGGCUCUUCAAGCAGCAUGACUAUGAGAAUAGCGGAGACUGGCUCCUCGAAGACAUUUCAGUGGUCAAAGCGAGCCUGUCGACUCUCUUUCAAGCAUGCCGUUCGGCUGUUGGAGAAGAAGCAUUACAGGGAAUGGAGAUUGGCUUUCGCUUUGAGCACUUCGAGAACAUGGAGCUGUUUGAGGAGAACACGGCAUGUGUAGCCGUGUCGCUCGAACGCCUGCUGAGCUAUUACCAUUCGCUCCAUGCACAAGAUGGUAACAACACGCCAGAUUCGUUCUACAUAACACUGAUGUAUCGCCCACGCUUCGCCACUUUGCUCGCAGACAUUGCCCGAUGCGCUGAUCAGGGUCGUGGCUACUCUGGCCUUGAAGCAGCUAUUGCUGCAGGCGAGACUCACUUUAACAGCGCAUCCAUUUCUCUUCCUGUUGAGAAUCUCAACGAGUGGGAAAGCGAUGGACAAGAACAAGAGCAGGAUCAGAGUCAAGAUGAGAAUCAGGAUCAAGAGCAUGUGGAUGACGAGGAGCGUGAGCACGAAAGACAUGCGAGCGAGCGGGAGCAUGAGGAAAACCAGAGCAACCCAGAAGAUGUGGAGAAUGAAAAGGAGCAAAAUCACGCAGAAGACGAGAUCCAGCAAGAAGCCGAGGUUUCAAUUCAGAUGGGAGAUCAAGCUGAAUUUGAACAUGAACAACAGGUUUAUGUGGAAACUCAGUCCCAGCAAGAUGGCGGAUAUGAGCACGAUCACGAGUCAGGUGAUGAUUCGCAAGACGCUCACGAGGAAGGGGGUGUGGAAAUUCACGAGAACGAAGAGGCAGCGGCAGCGGCUGUGGUUGAGACCGAGCAAGUGUCCAGCGAAGGCCACCAAGAGGACAAGGGUGAAGGCCAUGUGCCACCGGCUCCUAGUUCUAGUGAAGCUUCUACAAACCCACCGGAGGUUGUGGAAUACCCUGAACCGGCACAGUCACAGUCUGAUGAGCGGACCGAGGCCGAAUUGGAGGCUCGUCGCUUACAAGAGCAAGGCGACAUUAUUGAUUACAGUGAUGAGGAGGAUGAGGAAUCUGAUACUGUCGAGGUGGCAGAGCAGGCAUCCCAUACCGAGGUACCACCGUCUCCUACCACUGUCCAAGGCGACGAGUCUUCCAACGCGGAGAGGCAGUCAUCCAUUGCAGAAUCACCGAUUACUAGCAAACCAGCGAAUGCAGAGCAUGACGAAACCAGCCUUGAUACCACCGAGGAGCCCGACGCUGCAGCUGAACACGGCCAGGCUGAAGGCAACGAAGAUGAGCAAGCAUACCAGGACUACGUUCAGGCUCCCGAAGGAGGGGGCACUUUUGAUGGAUUUGAAGCGGAUGAAGUGGGCAAAGAAGCAGCAGAUUUUCAAUAUGACGGCGACGCUAACCAAGACUACGGCGAAUACGAGUACCAGGACUUGGAGCAACAGGCCGAAUUGGAACUCGCCAACGGAGAAGAGUUCAAUGGUGGCGAAGACGCUACAGCAUAUGGUGGAGAGGGCUUUACCGAAGCGAACGAUUUCCUGGAGCUGGACCCCGCACAGUGGACGGUGGACCAGGAGCUAGAUCAAGACUUUCUUGAGAACACGACCACUGGGCACGAUGAUGGCGACGCCCAAGGUGAAGAGGACGGUGGGGCUGCACCACCGGCCAACGCAACGUCUCCGGCUGCAGAUCCUACGACGGCCUCGUCUACCGAUGUCUAUGAUGUGUCCUCACAAGGACACAAGCGAUCUAUCGACGAGGCUGGAUAUGGAAUGGAUAUUGCACCCGACUCUAUAGACGCUAAGCGCGCCCGAGUGUGA